AGGAGAUAGUUUUAUGAGAUACUGAGGACAAACUACAUGUGUUUUCUGUCUAGAGGUAAAAUGCCGGAGGGUCCCAGCAUGACCAUCGGUAAUGGGAGUGAUUCGCCACCGUCCUUGAGACGCUGUGAUAAUCCCUGGAAACGUAAUGCCCAACAUGGGCAGUCUGAAGUUUAUCGCCGGAUGCUUGGAAUUUUGAAUCGUGUUACGGAGCAGUCUCUUACAAUAUUGCUGGAACAAGCGCAGGAACUCCCCUUGGCCGACCCCGAUCACCUCCCCCACGUAUUAGCACUUCUCUUGGAUAAGGCCCAAGAUGAGCCUCUUUUCGCUCCAAUAUAUGCUCGAAUGUGCCGAGACUUAGCAGCUAGAGUGGGAUUCCAGGACAACCUUACAGCUGCUUGUGAGUCCCACUUCACAGAGAGCUACAACCUCCUCCUCCAGUAUGCUGAUAUACUUGAGGGGCCCAUAUCUUCACAACUGAUACACGAAGAAAUUCUUGCCAGGAAGAGAUUUGUUGGCCAUUUAAAGUUUAUGAGUGAGCUGCACAAGGUGGGAGUCAUGUCCAGCAACCAAGUAGUGGCUAUGGCAGAGACCCUCCUUGAGCACGGGGACGAUCGCUCCUUGGAAGGCCUGUGUCGCUUGCUCUCCUUCUCGGGACUGGCCCUGAGUCGCACAAAUGAGGCAAUGAUUGAGCAAAGUUGUACCUACCUAGAAAACCGUCUUGUCGAUGGCAGCUUAAGUCCUCGGCUCAGAUUCCUCAUCCAAGACGUCCUUGACCUCCACGCCAAUGGCUGGAGACCUCGUGGGGGUGGGAGAAUUCACCCCCCUCCUGGGAGGAAUGUUCGAGGAUAAUGUACACCUAUUGGUCAUUCGUUUCAUGCUGUAUAUGCUGUCAACAGAUAUUGGAGCAAUGGCAAAGAAAAAGGUGAGCUGAAUGGCAUUUUGUUGUAUCUUCUACAAAGUUCAGCCAUGGAUGUGUGACAUAAUAAGAAUCACAUAUUGAGAAAACUGGCAGAAAACAUAGUGCAAGUAUAUUUUACCUUUUUUUUAUUGUGAUUCAUAUGAGUGAAAUACAUAUGGCAAAAGAAGUACGUAGAUAUAUAAAGAUUAGAAUGUGUUUAUACAAUAGAAGACAAAAUUAUAAAAAAAGAUGUCUGUGGGUAUAUUAAAGCUUGUGAGAUUUAACUGAGGGCAGGAGAUUUCACUUUUCCAGAAUACUAUAUUUUAGCUUAAUUUGGAGGUAUCUUAGUAUGAACCAAGUGCUGCAGGAUAAGUGUUUUG